UAAUUUUUCUUACAUGUUGGGCUGGAAGCAAUACUUGCGUGCGUCGAUUGGUCUCUUUCAUUUCCGAUAUGCACGAGAGAAGACGAGCAGCCACAGGCGAUCAUGUCUUCCACCCUGCCGACGGCGCCGCUCGACCCAUCUCUACUCACGACCCUCUUCAUCAUACUCGUGCCUCUCUCUUUGCUGCUGCUUCUGCUGCAGGUUAAGAGGAACUCCCGUGGGCAUCCCCCUUGCCCGCCGCGGCUUCCCCUCAUCGGCAACCUCCACCAGCUGGGCCCACUACCGCACCGCUCCCUCCAUGCCCUGUCGCAGCAACACGGCCCGCUCAUGCUACUUCGCCUGGGCCAGGUGCCGGCGCUCGUGGUCUCCUCGCCGGACGCCGCCCGGGAGGUGCUGCGCAACCAGGACCACGCCUGCGCCAGCCGGCCAGCUAUCAAGCCGGCCCGAAUCCUCGUGUACGGGUGCAAGGACUUGGCCUUCGCGCCCUACGGCGACUACUGGAAGCAGCUCCGAAAGAUCUGCUCCGUCCACCUGCUGAGCCCCAAGAGGGUGCAGUCGUACCGGCUAAUGAGGGAGGAGGAGGUGGAAUCCAUGAUGGGAAAGAUCUCGUCCCAGGCUUCGGCUUCGGCGAACGUCAUCGACUUAUCCGAGGUCUUGUACUCUUUCGCCAACGAUGUACUCUGUCGAGUUGUUUCAGGGAAGUUCACGAGAGAAGAAGGGAGGAAUCGCCUGUUCUCCGAGCUGGCCGGCGAGAACUCGGUGCUUUUGUCCAAGAUCUACGUGGGUGACUACUUCCCGUGGCUAGGGUGGCUGGAUAUGUUCUUCGGUAGUGUGGCCAGAUGCAACAAGAACAAGGCGAGGUGGGAUAAGUUGCUAGAUGAGGUGAUUAAGGAACAUGCAGUUCGGUCGGCGCAGCAUGGUGGGGAGGAAAACGACGGUGAGGAGAAGGAUUUCGUGGAUGUUCUGCUCUCUCUGCAGAAAGAUGCAGCGAUGGACUUCGUCCUCACAACUGAAGAUAUCAAGGCACUUCUGGAGUUGUCCUCCGGCCAUGCUCAACAUCCCCGGCGAUCCCAGUCCAGUACCCAAUCCAGCUCACAAACUAUGGCUACGUCAAGAUCGUCUCAUCCUCCAAGCUAUUCAAGCUUCAGUUGCUGGAUCCGUUGCUCCCUUGAUAUCUUCAUGUGUGACAGCUGUCGAUGCAUGGUCUACACUGCAAACCACCCUGGCAAAUCAUUCGCAUACUCGCAAGCUCAGUCUUCUAUCCAAGCUUAUGGUGACAAAAUAAGAGGGAAGUACUAUCUCUGAUUAUCUACAACAUAU